AUGUGGUGUACAGCCCAGACAGGAAGGAAGACUUUGGACGAGGCUCUAUCAGAGAUAACAGGAUCUAACCAACCGCCCGACGGCGCCAAAAUCCUGACCUCCGCAGCCCACAUUGGGAAGAGCGAGGAGGUCGACAGCUGGAUUGACGCGACGUUAAAACACUUUGGGCGAUUAGACGGCGCUGCCAAUAUUGCUGGUGUCUUUGGAAAGUCGUUUAGUAUAGGUAACUUGACGGAGCUAGACGAUCAAGAGUUCGACUUCAUCACAAGUGUGAACCUCGAAGGCAUAUUCAAUUGCCUGCGAGCUCAAUUGAGGGUCAUGACGAAAGGCGCAAGUAUAGUUAAUGCUUCAAGCUCCAUUGGCUUGGAAGGCCAUCCGAAGAAUUCUGUCUACUCGUUAACAAAACAUGCUGUGAUAGACUUGACUAAGAGUGCGGCGGGAGAAUUUGGUGGACAAGGUAUCUUCUAUAUGUCGGAUAUUGUCGUGUAG